GGGUGCCUUCUCCGUCGUCAAAAGAUGCGUGCAGAAAUCCACCGGUCUGGAAUUUGCAGCCAAAAUAAUCAACACAAAAAAACUCUCAGCCAGAGAUUUCCAAAAGCUGGAACGCGAGGCGAGGAUCUGCAGGAAGCUGCAACACCCUAAUAUAGUGAGACUACACGAUAGUAUACAGGAAGAAAACUUCCAUUAUCUAGUAUUCGAUUUGGUGACUGGAGGUGAGCUUUUCGAGGACAUCGUUGCAAGGGAAUUCUAUUCCGAAGCGGACGCCUCUCACUGUAUACAGCAGAUCCUGGAGUCGGUGAACCAUUGCCAUCAGAAUGGUGUCGUUCAUAGGGAUUUGAAGCCGGAGAAUUUGCUGCUGGCCAGCAAGGCUAAAGGAGCCGCCGUCAAGUUGGCGGAUUUCGGUUUGGCCAUCGAGGUGCAAGGGGAGCAGCAGGCUUGGUUCGGAUUCGCCGGUACUCCUGGUUACCUCUCUCCGGAGGUCCUCAAGAAGGAACCUUAUGGAAAACCGGUGGACAUCUGGGCUUGCGGCGUCAUCCUCUACAUUCUUCUGGUCGGUUACCCACCGUUCUGGGAUGAGGAUCAGCACCGUCUCUACGCACAGAUCAAGGCCGGAGCAUACGAUUAUCCGAGCCCCGAAUGGGACACCGUCACUCCAGAGGCUAAGAACCUCAUCAACCAGAUGUUGACCGUGAAUCCCGGUAAGAGGAUUACCGCUGCGGAAGCGCUUAAACAUCCAUGGAUUUGCCAACGCGAACGUGUGGCGUCCGUCGUACACAGACAGGAGACAGUCGACUGCCUCAAGAAGUUCAAUGCUAGACGCAAGCUCAAGGGUGCAAUCCUUACCACGAUGUUGGCUACGAGGAACUUCUCCAAAUGUGGUCGCAGCAUAAUCGUGAAGAAAGAUGACGGAUCUCAGGUGAAGGAGUCCACUGACAGCUCCACGACUUUGGAGGACGACGACAUCAAAGAAGAUAAGAAGGGCGGAGUGGAUCGCAGUUCGACGGUUAUUGCCAAAGAUCCAGAAGAUGGCAUCCACGUGCUUAAAUACGAGCAAACUGAUAACUGGGUGGAUUCUACCAUUAAGUAUAAUAGACUACCCAAAACGGAUUCAGGUUUGUGUUGUGUUUUCUCUUUCCGCUUGCUUCAAGUUUCGCUUACAAAAGACCGCCGCUUCCAACCCGUGUUCUCGUAAGCAACACCGCACGUUCCGUCGCGUUCACGUAAAUAAUUUGCAGUUUGCGAAUCUCUCUUUAUCAAUUUCGAAAUGUUGCAGAGUUUCGCUCUAAUUGUUUGUUUUGAAUUUCCCCAACAAAUUUCGAUC